AUGAUUUCCUUUUAAUUUUCGUUAUAUAAUUGUGUUAGGUCCAUGAGGAGCUUGUUCAAGCGAUUAAACUUGCAGAAGAAGGGCUUCUGCACCUGAAGCGCGCGAGAUUGCUUCGAGAAGUUGAUUCCGCGCUUCAAGGUUCCAAUCGGGUCGUCGAAGAUGUGAAGUCCGAGCGUAUUGAUCCGACGGACGUUGAACCAGAACCAUUGGAGGAGGAAAGCUACCCUGUUGGCUCGAAAUGUAGGUUUCGGUAUACGGAUGGGCGGUGGUAUAAUGGGCAGGUUGUUGCAGCAGAAGGUUCUGAUUCUGCAAGGAUUUCUUUCUUGACUCCUACCUCAGAGAAAAUGUUGAUUUGCAAGUUCUUCCUGCAACAACGUUGUCGAUUUGGUACUAAUUGCCGCCUAUCACAUGGAGUUGAUGUCCCAAUAUCCUCCCUGAAGAAGUAUAUCCCAACAGUGUGGCAUCGAUCAAUGGUUGGCUCCAGUAUUUUAGCAAUCUCUGAUAGUAAAGUUGGCAUCUGGAAGCAAGCUGAACUUGAGUCGUGGAAUGAUGAUCUCAGAGUAGGGAAGGUAGUUUUCCAAGAUGAUGGAAGCUCCACUGAGCUUGGAAUGGAAGCGCUGACACUAUCUGAGUAUGCACAAAUGAGUGAUGAAGAUGAAAGUGAUCUAAGCUCUGAAGAGUCUGAUUCUAGCGACUACGAAGAAGAUAGCUUGCAAGGUUUAGGUUUUCUUGAAAGCUCUGCAUUACAGAAGGGCAUCCAGACUGAAACUGCUAUUUUUGCCAAGUGGGAAAAUCACACAAGGGGCAUGGCUUCGAAGAUGAUGGCUAAUAUGGGUUAUCGGGAAGGGAUGGGUUUAGGUGCAACUGGCCAGGGAAUACUGGACCCCAUCUCUGUUAAGGUCCUUCCUGCUAAACAAUCUCUUGAUCAUGCCCUACAGUCUCAUGAAGGUGAUGAAAAUAAAGAGAAAAUAGGGAAGAAAAGAAGCAGGGGUGGUAAGAGAAAGCGUGAGAAAAAGUUUGCAGAAGCAGCUCGUGCUGCAAGAGAUGAAGAGGAAUCUAGACCAGAUGUUUUUAGUCUCAUCAAUUCCCAACUAGCAAAGCAUGGAGAGGCCUUGAAUGGUGGAUCAGCAGUGAAACAGCAAAAUAAAAAUUCAGGAGAGAAGAAAGUAGACAGGCGGGCACUGGUCGCAUAUGAUAAUGAGGUGACGGAACUGAGAAUGCGAGUUGUGAAGCUUGAGGAAAUGGCGAACAGAAACAGGAAGGAAAAAGUGGUUUAUGAGGCUGCCAUGAGGAAGUUGAAUGAGACCCGGAAUACAUUGGCAGAAGCAGAGGCUGCUCAGGCAUCUGCAUCAAAUGCAGUCACCAGCAGAGAAAAAGAGAAGAAAUGGCUUAAGUUCUAAUAUUCCAUACAUGACUUAAAUUUUUGUAGUGCUAUAAUUUAGGAUCAUCUAUUCCUUUGUAGUGGAUAGAUUUCAUCCGGAGAAGAAUGUAAGAACCUAAAAAAUCUGUAGUGCUUUGUCGAUAUGAACAAAUUUUCUUUGGCCCAAUGAUACAAUGAAUUGGGAAGCCAUUGUAAUCAAAUCUUUCUGUUUUCAAUGAAUGGAACUUGUUGCC